AUGCCUUCAAAGACAAUGGAGAGACCUUCCUUGGAAUUUAACCUGCCUGAUACUCAUGAAGAAGGAAAACUUUAUGUAGUUGAUUCCCUAAACAACCUAAACAAACUAAAUGUUUGCCCAGCUGAAUCCCAACUUUCACUAGGUAAAUAUACAAGAUUCUGUGGAAACGUGAUUCUCUGGAAUAAUCACAUACAUGCCCCUCCCUACAUUUCAGCAGUAAAAAAUGAUGAGGAAGAGAACACUGGUGGUACUGGAGAAAGUAUGGCAGGGAGCAAUGCAAGAAACCAGUUUUUGUUCUUCAUCACCUUUAUUCUUACUUUGACCAUCAGUUUGGCGCUUGUUUCAUUUGUAAUAUUCUUAAUAUUUCAAACUAGAAAUGAGUUGGACCAAAUAUCAAGCAGACUACUAUCUGAAAAGAAGAAUAUAGAAGAGCUGAAGAAACUUCACAAUAUUAUAUUAAAGCAUCUGAAUCAAUCUGGAAUUAAGGAAUAGCCUUCUGAUCUUCAUGAUUACCUCUUUACUCAUACUGAGCUCAAAGUCCUCGGAGAAUAAAUCUUCUUUGGAAAGAAAUUCAGCAUAUUCACAACUCAGACAUGCUCACAUAUGGCACACAGGUUGCUGAAACAUGGUUGCUGAAACAUUGCUGGAAGAGCCAGCUGAAUGAAAAAUAUUAGCAAUUAGUAUUUUACCCUGUUUUAUGUGGACAUAGAUUUGUAAUACUAAACCCACAGGAUUCACAAUAAACAAUGGAUUGUCAGUUUGGGGCAAAACUUCCAGAUUCCCUGUGCAUUGAAUCAUAGGGGAAAGGGCCUAGUUUUAUUUUAAAUGUAAGUGAAUGAUCACAGAAAAUCACGAGUUCUCUUCACAUGAUUCCAGCAUGACCUUGUUCACUUAAUCAUUCUUCUGUUACCUUUGUACAAGCUUUCUGUUUGUUUCUAUUACUAUUUGUAUUUAAGGAUAACUUCAGAUUUCAUAACUUAUAAAUAAAUCAAUUUCUGCUCUA